AUGAGAAAUGAUGUGCAGCAGUUGAAGAUGUGUCCAUGGUUGGCAGGCCCACAUUUGAACCUAGUGAAAGUAGAUCAGCCCAUAGGGUGGGCCAACAUUGGAGUUGAAGACAUGGUCCACAGGAUGUCAUCCUCCAUUGACCUUAUCAUUCCCACUACUGCAUCUCGUAACUUCUCUACGUGGAUCCAGAUAAAAGUCCCCGUCCUCAAGACUCGUAAAAUACGUUCACAAAGCUGCCAUGCAGAGUAUGUCCCUUCUGCACUUAAGGGACAUUCAUCAGCAGGCAACAACGCCCCCGUGAGAAUAGCAUUUAUCUUGACAGUCAACGGCAGAGCCAUAAGACAGCUCAAGCGUUUAGUUAAAGCUCUGUAUCACAAGGACCACUUCUUCUUCAUCCAUGUGGAUUCUCGUCAGGACUACCUGUUCCGAGAGGUGUUGCGGCUUGAGGAAUCAUUUCAGCAAUAUACAAGUGUCUCCCGGGACCGGCUCUCGACCAUCUGGGGUGGUGCGUCUCUCCUCACAAUACUUCUCCUGUUUGAAGUGAGUGUUUACCAGAAAAAGUGCGCGCAGGAUAAUGUAAUUAGUGAUGAAAAUCCCAGAUGCCCCACAACCCUCCCACCUCUGGUGCUAGGGCCGCUUGUUACGUUCACGUUCGCCUGUACCUGGACGAAAGAUGAAACAUUUGGUCGUGUACAACACCUAUAUCACUUGCUUCAUACAGUGGAGAAGUAUUGUGAGGAGAGACGCACCACCCCAGAUGGUCGAGAGCCGGUACCGAGACACUUGUAUAUUGCUGAAAUGAUCCUCAAGCCGCAACACCUCUCGGAACAGGUAGUCCUGACGCUGAAGCCAAUUAAUAAAUGCCAUUAUAAGGACAAAGAAAUGCAUUUACAUGAACAACUGAAACUUGUAGCUGAGAAUUUAAGUGAUAAUCAGUAUUACAGUGAAGCUCAGCAUGUUGUCCAUGUUUUGGAGAUAACACACACACACACGCUCUUAUUUUUCCAGUCGUUCUUUCAUACUGUGCUCCGCAACUCUCGAUUCUGCCAGACCUUCACAGAUAACAACCUUCAUGUAACUAACUGGAAAAGGAAACUUGGCUGCAAGUGCCAGUAUAAACAUAUAGUUGACUGGUGUGGAUGCUCACCUAAUGAUUUCAUUCCUGGAGAUUGGACUAAGCUUGAGGCUUCAGCAUCACGCAACCUUUUCUUUGCUCGCAAAUUUGAAGCAUUGAUCAGCCAGGCCAUUAUUAAUCAAGUGGAUUCAUGGCUGAAAAAUCCCCAUUACUCUUCAACUCCAGGCCUAGAAACUUAUUGGGAGAAUCGUUACCAUCACGAGGACAGACCGACUGGUAACAAUGAUGCAGCCCUGACAAUCUACCAUGCUGGGGCUAGACUCAGCACCCGAGCACUUGCACAACUUGUCAGUGCUGAGAAGAGUGAGUGCAGUAUAUAUGCUACUACUGUUCUUCAGGUUCAUUCAUAUCAUCUCAGUGAUACAUUUAAGGGACUGCUGAUAGAAUAUGUUGGUAACAUUGAUGGCCUGGGGAUAUUCUCACUCGAGACUUGGAUAUUUCCACAUGUUAAAUAUAGGCUUCCUUUUGAGAAAGCAAACCAUAGAUUAAUUGACUUAGAAGUAGGAGCAGAUUUUGAUGUGAAAGAACAAGUCUUUCGCAGUUUUGGUGGAGCUUUGGGUCCAAACAGUGACAUCACUGUGGUUACGCGAUGGUCUGGAGGGGUAACAGGUGAUGGAAAAGUCGCUGGGGAGGACACUGUACAGUACCCACUUCUUGUUCUCAGUGAUCCAACGUCGGCUCUUGCUGCUGCUGAGAAGAUCACCCUGGAACCUGGAGAACAGGUCAUUUCACACAUUUUUGAUUUGCAAAAGCCAUUGCUUCCUGGGUCUUGGAUGAUUCGAGUGGUGAUUGAUAAUGUUGUGAUAGCAUCUCACACAUUCCUCAUACUGCCACUACAAUUUAUGCAGGGCCGCCAGAUAUCAGUCAAAGAGGCCAGGAUGCUGCACAGAGGACCAUCAAAACCUUAUGCUGAUGCAGAUCUCAGUGAUAUUAGCCUCCACCUUAAUCUGGGACAUGGCAACUCCUCAGCACAGGAAGUCUCAGCUACUCACUCUCAUUUAUAUGGUCCACAGCUAUUAAAGUGGAUUGAUGAGCUAGUUGCAAGGUUCUACACUGUUCAAGAUUCAUGUUAUAUUGCUAGUCAGCACGUGCCAGAGUGUGUUCGUUCUUUCCUUGAUCCUUGUGCUAAAACUACUUGGAGCUCUUGGUCACCUGAUCCCAAGUCUCACCUUGGAGAAGUUAACAAAAACACUGGAAGAAUUACUGACCCUUACCGAAGUGGAAGUGGUGAAUUUAGAUAAGUAUGGUCAAGUACAGUAUGUAAGUAUGCAUCUAUAAACAUUAAAUAAUUUCAAAUCCUUGCACAGAAAACAAGCCUUAUAUUUCUGUGGUAUCUAGCCAGGUACUUAAAGAUAUAUUGCUGUAUAUCUUUGGUGAAGAUUUAACUGGUUUAAUUUUGCAUGUCAUAAUUCUCACCAUCCUAAAUUAUGUAUUAAUUGUAGCUGAUUGGACAAGGUUGUUCUGCAGUAAAUUCUCUGGUGUUGCUUGGGAAAUUAUUGUGUACUAUAUUCAGUUCUUAGUCACAGCAGUCAGGUGUAAAACACUUGUAAAAUAUGAACUCUUGGUUCAUUUUGAAUAUUUGUAUUUAUAAGAAUGUGGAAUGUCCAUCGUAUAACUCUGCCCAUGACACUGGCAAGUUGGAAUGUAUGAUAUGAAACUGAUUCAAUUUACUGUAUAAUGUCACAUCUCCAUAAAAUCACAUGUCUACAUCCUGUACCAUUUUUCUUGCAUGGAGAAAAGACCAAUAAAUGUAGUGUAAAUCUGUAAACAAUAUAACUGAUUUUAAUAAAAUAAAAAUGCAAAUACAGUAAAUCCUCAAUAUAAUGAUCCUUGAUAUAACAGGCUAUUAAAAUUACAGUGGAACCCUGGUUUUCGUCUUUAAUCUGUUCCAGAAGGUUGGCCAAAAAUCGAUUUGUAGGAAAACUGAAGUAAUAUUUCCCAUAAGAAAUAAUGUAAAUCCAAUAAAUCCUUUCCAGGCACCCAAAAAUAUUAAAAUACAUUUUAGAGAGAAUAACUAUAGUAUUACAUACAAAAAACAAUGACAAAUAUAAAACACUAAUGAACAUUUAACCCUUUCAGGGUCGACAAGCCCUCUCCUAAACUUGUUCUCAGGGUCAGAAAUUUUUUGAAAAAAGAAAAAUUAUUUUUUCUUAUGAAAUGAUAGAGAAUCUUUUCCUGAUCAUAAUGGCACCAAAAGUAUGAAAUUUGAUGGAAAAUUUAUGGAAUUAUGCUCUCGCAAAGUUAGUGGUCUCGACGAUGUUUACACAUUGGCGAUUUUGCCCACUUUGAGCCCUGUUUUCUGCCAAUUGCAAUGUACCAGUCGACAAAAAUCAUUACUAUUUCACUAGAACUCCAUUUUUUCUAUCGAAUGAGUACAAGAAACCACCCAUUUACCGAUUUCAACUAUCCAAUAAAUAAAGUAAUAUGUCUUCCAUUCUAUAAAAUGAGGCCAGGAAAACUAGAAUAUAACCAUAAAUAGCAUACGAAAAUACACUGCAAAGUCGCUGUUUUAACGCAAAAACACGGUUGGAGUUUUUUUUUUCCUCAUUAUGCACUGUGUGCUGCAGGAUUUUUUUUUAUAUUGUGCACACUGACUACAUAGACCCAUUCUUUCAUAUGUAGGCCUAUCAGCUUCUCACACUAGAUUUGAAGGCGCUGGAAUUUAUGCGUACUAGUACGGCACCAACCCUGAAAGGGUUAAAUCACUUCUCUUGUUGGCAUAUGGAAACAGCAAGGAGGAGAGAUGGAGGAGUGGUUAUCUCUACCACCAUCACUACCACCAUCACAACCACCCUCUUCGAGUAACAAAGGCAGACUUAGUCACGAAUGUAUGAGCAGCCGCAUCCCACGGGCAGGCGGACGUGUCUGGUACAGACGAUUUCCGAGCAGAUGUAAGAAAACGGGGAAAAUUUUACCCCAAAAAGUGGCCGAAAACAGACGAAAACUGGGGUUCCACUGGUUAACUGGUACUUUUAACUUCUUUAUUUUCAAUGUUUAUUGCAGUGUAUCUUUAAAUUGUGUGUACUUUUCUAUAUUAGGUAUACUUUAGGGCUCUGGGAGUAGAAAAAUUCUUGGAACUCAUCACAGGCAUUUUUUUAACAUUCUGAUAUAACAGACAGUCCCUAUUAGUCUUAUAUUGAGGGUUUACUGUACCUGUACUCGGUAAAUUAGGGGAGAUCAAGUGAUUUUUAACAAUAGCUCUGAAUCGAAUAGCAGACAAGGAACCUUUCAAAACUUAAGGCAAUGAAUUCCAGAUCUUAGUGCCUUUUAUGUGCAUUGAGAUUUUGCAUAGAUUGAGGUGGACACUGGGGAUGUCAGAGAGGGUUUUGUGUCUUGUAUUAUGCCUGUGUUUGCUGCAACAAUCAAGGAGAAGUUUCAGAGAGUUUAUGUUAGAAUUUAAUGUUUUAUAUAUAUAGUAGGCACAGUAGUAUGAGUGCAUAUUUUGUGUAUUAAGUAAGGUCAAGCCUUUGAAGAGUGGGGGAGUGUGUUGUCUGGCACUAGAAUGGGUUAUUGUCUGCACAGCAGCUUUUUGUUGGGUUAAUGGUUUUAAGUGAGUUGGUGUAGUAGAUCCCCAGGCAUAAAUACUAUUGGGGAGGUAAAGAUAGAAUAAUAUAAUGCAAGUAGUGUUGUUUGAGGUACAUGAUAACAUAUCUUGGAGACCUUUUGUGCUGCUACUAUAUUCUAUAUGAUAGAUAUACAAGGCAGUAGGAUGAUACUUUAUGGGAAGAGAACAAUUAUAGAACAUUAUUACAAUUGUCAGUGACAAUAAUGCCUAUGGUGAUAUAUGUAGCAUAUAUUUUUUGGUGAAAACAGUAAACAAAGACUUGAAUAACGUAAAACUAGAUGGUGUGACAAAAGUCACACCAUGGCCAGAACCUUUUUAAUGGAAAGAAAACUUGUGGUAGUGUAUGAAAUUGUAACAAAUAGCAGUGAAAGUAAUACCAGUGAUCAUGCUAAUAAUUAAAUAUAUAUGGAAUAAGCAUAAGCUUUCUUCAUCACUCACAGAGCCAAGCAAGUGAGUGCAGUGGGAAAAGCAAGUCCUUUAACAAUAUAAAACAAAUAAUUGGUCUGAAAUUUUCUUAGGGAGGUACUGUUAUUAAUAUGUUAUAUUUGGACAUGUUGCAAACAUGGUUUAUUCAGUAACUACUCGAUAAGAUUAUGGAUGUGCUAUAAUUUCCUUGGAAUGGGACCUUUUUUGUUAUAUUAGAUAAAAUGAUAAACUAUAUGUACAGUGAGAAUUCUUCAAAAAUUUUAUGUAAAGGACAAAUCCUCACAUAGAAUGCAUACUUUCAUUCUAUGUGAGGAUUUGUCCACCUAUAUGACUAAGCUUCAAGUACCUCAAGAUCUUGACACUGUAGAAAGGCUAUUUGUUCUUUUGUUUUUCACUUUUAAAUAUUUUAAAAGCUUUACUAUAAGAGAAAAAAGUUGGCCACCACGGAAAAUUGAUGACAGAGUUGGUAAAAGUAGACGCUUAUGCAGCAUUGAUACUGUAUACCUUUUUUUGUAUCAAAGGAAGGCUAACAAGGCUACCAGAGAUAACAAGUGGGGAUGUAGAGUUUACUGCACAUCUUAUCCAGUCAGGGAUGCCACUAUAUGAAUAUCAAAGUCUUUUAAGAGUUAUAUAAAUGGAAUCAGCAAUAUUUAUAAUAAUGUUGAUUGAUACCCCUUUUUUGUGCAAGUUGUUAGAUAUGAAAUUUUUGGUAUGCAAAUUCAUUUAAUCAAAAUUUUCCAAGUUAUGGAACCUGUAUGUUUCUAACAUUGGGUAAGUUUUUUGUGCAACUAAAGUGAUAUUAAUGCAGUACAAGUGUGCAUAUGCAUGUACACAUGGGUACACAUGUAUGCGUGUUUGUGGUUGCUGUAUACGGUACUGUAUAUGUUUCAUUACAUGUGUAAAUGCCAUAAUAGAUUAAAAUUAAAUGCUGUAUACUUGUGUUACAAUGUUUACUAGUAAGUAAAUACUUCAUGUCUGAUGUUCAUGCAUCUGAAUGGUAACUGAAAAUAUCCUGAAAACAUUCAGAAGAAAAUACAAAUUAUACUAAGACUGGAACUUACAUCGUAAACAGCAUAAAACUAGCACAACGUAAAUACAUGUAAAUAGUUUUUUCAUUGAUAAACUAGAGUUAACAUUUUGAAUGCCUCUGUUAUAGUGAUUCAAAAUAUAUUGAUUGCCCAUUUAUUUUGAGUUUUUUGUUACGGUAGGUGGGCAACCAUUGCACUAUCUAAUAGGCAUUUAAAGAUUCAAUGUUGAUGGAGGUAAUACAUGAUUAUAUUAAAUGUGCCAUUUCCUUGUUUAUUUCAAAAAUGAAGAACUGAAAAAACUAAGUUUUUCAAGAACAAAGCUGUAAGUGUGUUUUUAUUUGAGUCAUAAUUAUUCUUUAAGUUACCUCGUUUCCUUUGUAUAUGCUAAACUCAUAACUCGCAUUCUGUACAGUAUUUAAAAGUUGUGUGAUAACUUUGCUACCAAAUGCAUGAAUAAGAAUUUGUUAAGCAGAGUUGGUUGUUUAAUAAGCAAAUAUAUAUAAAAUUAAUGUUUGUAAGUACAGUAUUGUCUUUGUAGUGAGACUAUAAGAUAGUUCAUUAUAUUUUAAGGUUUACGAAUAUGUAACGGCAGAAAUGCUGGAAGGUUACGUUAGAAUUAAGAUUUAGGAGAGAUUGUGUUUCCAGUUAUCCUAAACUAUCUUGUGUAGAUAAAAAUAACUUUGUGGUUUGCAAGAAUAUUGUUAAAGUGAUACUUCAAGGUGCUGUGCCAUUCUGAAAUGUUUGAAGUUAUCCUUAGUAGAUAGCAGAGUUCAGUCAUAGCUUUUUAAUGUUGUUUUUCUAAUUCAUGCCUCAGUUUCAACAAGGCUGCUUUGAACAGUAGUCAUUCACCACUUUUUUUUAAUGUAAUAAUUCUUAGCUGUGGCAUGGACAAAGCUGGAUACUUUGAUAGCACUUGCCAUGGAUUAAAUAUUUUCCUUCCUGUAAAAUUAUUACUGUACUAGUCGCAAUUUCAUGUUUAGUUUUAGAGAUUAUAAUAAAAAUCAGAUAUAGUUUAUAGUAAAUAAGGUACUUGAGGUCCUAAUUACCAAUAGCAGUGAAAACCAGUUUUAAAAUGUUAGUACAGUACUAUAAUUAAUGUGAUAAUUUAAUUGUAGUAAACCCUUACUCAGUUUUUAGUACCAUUGUAUUGAAAGUUAAUAUUUUCAAGUGCUGUUGUGAAGAUUUCGUGAAUAUUGUCAUGAAAUAGUUUUUUUUUAAUUAGGAAAAUAAGUAGAAGUAUUGUUUAGGCCAGUUUGUGUAGUGAUGAUAUGCAUUAGAAAUUUUUUAUAUGAUUGAGGAUAAUGUGAAGAUCCCUUAGACUUAACAUGAAAAAAAGUAUUUCAAGGUAUUACUUGAACAUGUUAUAUUACAACUUGUUUGUUAAGAAAUAAGUAGGAUAUGGUCUUCCUCAGUGAUAUUCAUAACCAAGAGGCACAUGGUUAAUAAUGCACCACGUGCACAAAUAUUUCAUGAGUACAUAUAAAUAUUGCUCUUGAAAUAAGUGCAAGAAUAUUGUCUUGUCAUUACUAAUGAUAUCUAUGCAUAAGAAGAGCACUUUACCACUAUUAAUAUAGUACUUGAAUGACACUUGUAUGUAUAGUGUGGGAGUACAAUUGUAUCCCGGAAUUCACGUGCUCUGUAAGUCAUGUGAUUCAGUUAUACAUCUUUAGUACUAAAUGCCAUUUUGAGAAUAGCUUCAUGUCUCUUUUUGGUGCCCUAACUUUUUUCUUGGUGCAUAGCCUCUUAAAUUGAAAACUAAACAGUAACUAGAGGAUUUUAUUCAAAAUAUGAUUACAGCCUCUCCUCACUUAGCGAUGUAUUCGUUUACUGAUGCCUCGGUCUUACGACGGGCUCUGACCAGUAUGCAUACCUAAAUAAUAUAUAUUCGAGCUAAUUUCCUCUGUUCUAUUUAUUUCAGUAUACAGUACAGGAAGGCCCCACUUAUACGGCGGGUUAGGUUCCAGGCUACCGCCGUAAAGCGGAAAUCGCCGUAAAGUGGAACACCCUUUUUUUCCACUUAUAAAUGCAUACAAACACUAGAUAACAAGUUUACACUAACAUAUAUUAAGUUAGCAAUAGAACCAGGCAUCAAAAAACAAUAAAAAGGUACAAUACACACAUAGUGCACUCAUUACUUACCUUAAAAUAUUUAUAGUCUUAAUCUAGGGUGAGACAAGUAGUAUUUAUUGUAAGAAAUCAAGUGUGGUAUGUAUUGUAAUAGCCUCACCAGGCCACCCCACCCACACAUACUAUUCUAUGAUAUUUAAGCAUCCCAGAGCGAUAAAAUGUAUAUACAGUUCACUCAUUACUUACCUUAAAAUAUUUGUAGUCUUAAUGUAGGGUCAGGAGUAAGUAAAUGAGAUAAAACGAAUAAAUGAGAGAGAGAAAGAAUGAAUACAUGAGAGGGGGCAGGCGCAGUUAUGUAAACAAACCAGGGGAAGGUAAGUUUUGUAAACAAACGAAGUGUACACGUCUGGUUUGUGUACAAGUUACAUUGUGUACAGGUUGUCUCUACAUUGAUACGGUAGAAUUAAUAAAGAAGAACACUCCCAUUCUCAUGUAACAUCAUUUUGAGAAGAAAUGAAGCUCUGAGUGAAGGCAAUGGAAAUAAGUCACACUGACUUUUUUGGGUUAUCCUAGGUUCUUACACGUAUGUUGUUAUGUAUGAUAAUCUAUGUAACUGUAUUUGUGUAUACCUGAAUAAACUUACUUACAUACAUACGAAAGGAAUAAUUUUCUACAGUUACCCCCAGUAACACAUUUACUCUUAUGUUAGAUUAGAGAAAAUGUUAUUCUUGGCGUCACUUGUACAAGUUAUGUGGCUCCCACAUCUUAUAUUUAUGUUUAUUUAUUCUAUUGUGGGGUGUAUUUAUCAUCUUUUUAUGUUAUGUAUCGUGUUUAUUAUAUAAUUUUGAAAAAAAUAUCAUGGAUGGAUUAAUGAAAAUGUGUAUAUUACCGUAAUAUACGACAUUUAAUGAGACUCGGUAUUGUUAUUAUCACCACUUGUGCAAGUCGUCUGCUACGACAUCUCACAUUUGUUUAUUUAUUCUACUGUGGGGUGUAUUUAUCUUAUUUAUAUGUUAUGCAUCGUGUUUAUUAUAUAAUUUUGAAAAAAAUAUCAUGGAUGGAUUAAUGAAAAUGUGUAUAUUAACGUAAUAUACGACAUUUAAAUGACUCGAUGUAUGUAAGUUUAUUUAGGUACAGGUAUACAUAAGUAUAAUUAUCAGAGUAUAUAUAAAAUAUGAAAUAACUUUUAAAAACAUUUGAAAUUUUGGAGUUUCCAGACAAAAUGGAGAGACUUAGUGCUUACUGAGCUCAUGGAGAAUGUAAACAAACAGGGUGGGGCACGGUGACCGUAUUAGAAAGUCAGGUGGGGGGAGCCGUAUAGUGAGUUUUGGUCAUAAUUUGAAAUGUCCGUAUUAGCGGAACGCCGUAAAGUGAAACGCCGUAAAGCGGGGCCUUCCUGUACACUAUUGUAUAAACAUGUAAAAAUAUACCAGAAAUGUUAUAAAUGUUGCGAAGGUGACAUUAAAACAAUAUCAAAGAUGGUUAACACAAACCCACUACCAUUAUAGUAUGCUCCUCAUUUAGCGACGUGGUCUUAGGAACAGAACUCCGUCGUUAAGUGAGGAGAGGCUGUAUUAUAUGAAUGUCAGUAUUAACCCUUUGAGGGUCUGUCCUGUAGUUCUACGGCUUUGAAGCCUGGGUCCAAGCCGUAAUUCUUUGUCACGAGCUCAGCUCACUCAGAUAAACUGUGAGCGGUAAAUUUGGGUCUAGAUAUGAGAGAAUGGAUCUCUGUGGUAAGUGUGCACCAUAUAAAUCCUGCAGCACACAGUGCAUAAUGAGAAAAAAAACUGCGACCAUGUUUUUGGAUUAAAACAGUGACUUCGUGGUGUAUUUUCAUAUGGUUUUUACAGUUGUAUUCGCAGUUUCUUGGUCUCAUUUGAUAGAAUGGAAAAUAUAUUACAUAAGAAAAGAGAUGAUUUUGAUUGGUUUUAAAACUGAAAAUAGUUUGAAAUUGAGCUCAGAGUAGCAGAAAUGUUAAAUUUUUACCGAUGUUUUAGAGUAAACAAGUGAUGUCACACGUCCAACACAUGUCAACUGGUGGGUCUAAUAUAUGUUCACAAAUGUGCUGAUAUUAUUUAUACAAUUAUAACAGUAAAUCUUCUGUUUUUUGGUGUGAAUAAAAAAUUUUUAUGUGAAUAAAAAAUCAAAAUAGAAUUCAUCUGAAAAGCCUGGAAACAUAACUAAUAAACAGAAGAAAUGUGAUUUUAGUGACAGGAAUGCCUGCAUUGUUUAUUCUGGACCCAAUUUUGAACUUUGUGUGAAAUUGUCCAAAUUACCAAUUUCUGAUCACUUUAUUGGGUAGUAGAAAUAGUUGAUUGGGGAGUUUCUUAACCCUUUGAGGGUUUUGGUCGUACUAGUACGUUUUACGCGUAGGGGUUUUUGACGUACUAGUACUCAUAAAUUCUAGCGGCCUCAAAUCUAGUGGGAGAAAGCCGGUAGGCCUUCAUAUGAAAGAAUGGGUCUAUGUGGUCAGUGUGCACAGUCUAAAAAAAAUCCUGCAGCACACAGUGCAUAAUGAGAAAAAAAAACUUUGACCAUUUUUUUUUAAUAAAUCAGCGACUUUGCAGUGUAUUUUCGUAUGGUAUUUAUUGUUGUAUUCUAGUUUUCUUGGUCUCAUUUUAUAGAAUGGAAGACAUAUUACAGAAAUUGAGAUGAUUUUGACUGGUUUUACAAUGAAAGGUGCCUUGAAAUUGAGCUCAAAGUAGCAGAAAUGUUUGAUUUUUACCAAACUUCAAAAGUAAACAAAUCGUGCCAAGCGUGCAAUACACGUCAACUGGUGAGUCUAAUAUUCUUUUACAAGUGCACCAAUAAUAUUUAUACCAUUUUUUACACUAAUGCAGUAGUCUGCAUAACAGUAAAUCUUAUAUUUUUUGUGAGAAUAAAAAUUCAAAGUGGAAUGCAAAAGAAUAUAAGAGGGGCCUUGAGACGUGACUAAUGACUAGAGGAAAUGUCAUUUUAGUGCCAGGAAUGUCUUUCUUGUUUAUUCUGGACCCUAUUCGGAAAUUGGCAUCUUUUGAAAUUUGUGUGAAAUUGGCAAAAUUGCUAAAUUCUGACCACUGUACUGGAUAGUUGAAUUUAUAAAUGGGUGGUUUCUUGCACCCAUUCGAUAGAAAAAAUGGAGUUCUAGCGAAAUAUUCAUGUUUUUUGUCGACUAGUACAGUGAAAUUGGCCGAAAAUGGGGCUCAAAGUGGGCAAAAUCGCCGAUGUGUAAACAUCGCCGAGACCGCUAACUUUGCGAGAGCAUAAUUCCGUAAGUUUUCUAUCAAAUUUCAAACUUUUGGUGUCUUUAUGAUCGGGAAAAGAUUCUCUAUCUUUUCAUAAGAGAAAAUAAUUUUUUUUUUUUUUAAAUUUGGCCGACCCUGAGAACGAGUUUCGGAGAGGGCCUGUCGACCCUCAAAGGGUUAAGCUCACUUUAUAAAAUAGAAGUGAUACUAGCAAAAUAGGUAAGGAUUUGGUUGACUGGAAUAAUGUAAUUGACCUUAAAUAGGAGUCAGAGUGGGCAAAAUCGCCAAUGCUUAAAUAUCGUUGAUUCAGUAAAAUUUGCGAGUGUAAUUUUCCAUCAAAUUUUGUACUUUUUGUUUUAUUACCUUCAGAAAAAGAUUCUCUACCAUUUUAUAAGAAAAAUAUUUUUUUUUUUUUUUUAAAUUCUUGGACCCUGUGGACAAGGCAUAGAACUACAGCUUGGACCUUCAAAGGGUUAAGCAUAUUAAAGCAAUAUAUAACCCUAACCCUUAAACUGAGUGUAACCUAUAUAUAUAUAGAUAUUGCAAAAGUCCUGGUAUACUCGAAUUUCACAUGCUUCACAAUUUUAGGCAUUCAAACAACUUUUGGGGUCAUGUAUGACCUUAUCCUCAAAAGAAACAAAGUCUUAGCCUGUGUGGUGCAUUAUGGGAGGCAUUGGAAUAUGGGGGGGCUACAGGACUUCAGUAAUGUGUCUGGUAUCAUGCCAAAGAGACAUGAUAAUUUGAGCAAGUUAAAUCAAGAUUCACAAAUAACCUGCACAUAGGAGAGAAAGAGAGAGAGAAGCUUACGACAGCAUUUUGGUCCAACUUAGACCAUUUGCAGUCACACUAUAUAUACUGGCUCCCUCACUCUUUUGUGUAAGUGUGACUUUUCAGAUGGUCCAAGUUGGACCAAAAUGUCAUCGUAGGCUUCUCUCUCCUAUGUGCAGGUUAUUUGUGUAUUGUGCCAGUCAUGUUUAUUAUGCUUUUUUUUUUUUUUACAAGAUUCCUUUGAAUAGUGACAAGUAGCAAUGAUGAAAGUUGCAGUGAAAGGAAUUAAUGAAUUUUGUAGAAAUAAUAUUGGAGAAUUUCACAAAAAUGAACUGUCCAAGAGAAGGGGUGCAGAUAUAAGCUAUUUGUCAUGAAAUAUAACUAGUUUUUUUUUUUUUUUUUACACAGGGUUUGACAAGGUUAAGGAUCCCUAGCUUUAUUGACAAGCUAUUUACAGAUUAAGGAUUCCUUACUUUAUUGGCAAGCUAAGAGCUGCUACCUACAUCAGCUCAUUGGAAAGCAUUUUUAUUGUUAUGAGACAUACAAGUAGGGAACAGGAUGAAGUUGGAGCCAUCUGUGGGCCAGCAUUUUCAUUUGAUCAACUGACUUUAUCUCGUUGACAUCAUUAUGCUGUACGAAUGUGUUCCAUACUCGAGUCAUCCUGGGUAUAUAGGAUCUCAGAUGGAGUGAUGUUCUGGAGAAGGGCACAGCCAGAGUGAAGUUGCUGCUUUCUGCCCUUCUUGUGGCAUAAAAGCUUGUUUCACGCUGUCCUCGAAGUGGAUCCAAGUGUGGUAUUUUGACAAUAUUGGCCUUGUACAUAACAGUAAGGCCACCCACAUUCCUCCUAUGUUGAAGGCUCUGCUGAAAUGACAGAUCUAUCCAGGAUGGGUCCAGGCGAGAGAUGAGACGUCUUGCUCUGUUCUCUACUCUGUCAAGCAGUCACAGAUGAGAGGGGGGGCAGGCAAACCAAGAAAGUGGAGCAUACUCAAGGUGCGAGCGUACUUGUGCCUCGUACAGAAUCUUGCAACCCCUACUGUCAAGUAGAUGCGAGAUACGGCGAAGUGCUGUAAGCUUCCUGGCUGCCUUGUUUGCAAGAUUUACAACAUGGUUCUUCAUGGUUAGUUUGGAGUCAAAUUUCACCCCAAGGAUAUCAACUUCUUCUCCAGGUGCCAACACCCUCCCAUUCAUCCUUACUACUGCACCAGAAUUACCAUCAUGGUGCCUAGAGACGAUCAUCCUUACUACUUACUACUACCAGCAUCAAUCACUAGUAAGCCACUUCCUCUACCGAAUAAAGCAGUAAUCAUUUCAAGUGAUAGUGACUGCAGCAGGGAUGAGGAAAGUGAAGAUGAAUAUGACCAUAUUCUUGAAAGGGGCAUUUCUAAUGAUAGGAACACAAUGUAUGCUUCUAGUAACUUAACCCCUUCAGGGUCCAAGGCCCAAAUCUGAAGUGGUGCCCCAGUGUCCAAGAAUUUUCAAAAAAAAAAUUUGUUAUUUUUUCUUGUGAAAUGGUAGAGAAUCUUUUUGUGAAGGUAAUAAAACAAAAAGUACGAAAUUUGAUGGAAAAUUGACAAAAUUAUGCUCUCGCGAAUUUUGAUGUGUCAGCGAUAUUUACGAAUCGGCGAUUUUGCUGACUUUGACUCCCAUUUUAGGCCAAUUACAUUAUUCCAGUCAACCAAAUUCUUAGCUAUUUCACUAGUAUUACUUCUAUUCUAUCGAUUGAGCACAAGAAAUCGCCAAGUCAACUGUUUCAACUACAAAUUAAAGUGAUCAGAAAUUGUUAAUUUGGCCAAUUUUACACAAAGUUCAAAAUAUUCCAAUUUCAAAAUAGGGUCCAGAAUAAACAAUGUAGGUAUUCCUGGAACUAAACUAACAUUUCCUCUGUUCAUUAGUUACGUUUUGAGGCUUUACAAAUAAAUUCCAUUUUGAUUUUUUUAUUCACAUAAUGAAUUUUUAUUCACACCAAAAAAAAUAGAUUUACUGUUAUGCAAUCCCUUGUGGCUUAGCGCUUCUUUUUGAUUAUAAUAAUUAUACUGUAAUAAUUGUAUAAAUAUCACCAUAUUUGUGAAUGCAUAUUAGACCCACCAGCUGGCAUGUAUUAGACGUGUGAGGUCGUUUGUUUACUCUUGAAUAUCGGCAAAAAUUUAACAUUUCUGCUACUUUGAGCUCAGUUUCAAGCCAUUUCCAGUGCUAAAACCAAUCAAAAUCAUCUUUAUUUCUGUAAUAUGUCUUCCAUUCUAUCAAAUGAGACCAAGAAAUCGCAAAUACAACUAUAAAAAACAUAUGAAAGUCGCUGUUUUAAUCGAAAAAUCAUGAUUUCAGUUUUUUUCUCUCAUUAUAUACAGCGUGCUGCAGGUUCUGUUUUAUGUGGUGCACACAUACCACAUAGAUGUAUUCUCUCAUAUCUACGCCCAAAUGUACCACUCACAGUUUAUCAGAGUGAGCUGAGCUCAUGACGUAGAUCUAAGGUUUGGACCCUGAACGUAAAGCCGUAGAUCUACGGGACGGACCCUCAAAGGGUUAAACAUGUAUGGCUGGGGCCUAUUUCUGCUACACAGAAGAAAUUGCCAACAAAAAAAAAGUUAUUUGCAGUAAUGCACUUAGAAAACAAAGAUGGCAUGAGUCAGCCAGAUACAACUGCAUGAUCUUGCACUGUGUGUAUAUCCAUGUUUCAUGGACAACUGUACACUGGAAAUCACCUAAUAUGAUAUGCCAAUAAAUAUUGAGUAAUUUCUCAACUACUGCACUGUAAUGAAAAAACAAAAUGCAAACAAAUUUGAGAAAGAGCAGUGAAAAUAUAUAAGCAGUUUUGUCACACUGGUAUACUACAUUCACAACCUGCACUUAGGAGACUAAAACUUGUGAAGAUGUUUCAGUUAUCUUAGACUAUUAAUUAGCUACAUAGAGAAGUGCAAAAGGAAGGGAACCAGAAUAUAUAGGAGACAGGGUAAGGGGACAGGAACUUAUUGUUCCAGUUAUGUUAUUGUGCUUUUUAUCUUUUUGUCACAGAGGUGCCUGCUAGUUAGGUUGUGUGUAUCAAACUGCAACAUGGCAUUAAAGAGUUUUUUAUUCAUAGUUAUAUUCUUAUAAUUUUUCAAGAAGAUUUUUUGGAGCAUUUGAAAAAGAAAAUACUACCACAUGAGGGCUAUCAUGCCUCUCAUCCAUGGAGUUUAAGAAUUAGUGAUAUGGCCAAAAACAUAGGAUUUUUAUGAAGUUUUGCUGCGCUUGUACCUUUUCUUAACGAAUUGGUUGUUUCCCACUGAGGCAGGGUGACCUAAAAAGAAAGAAAAACUCAAAAAGGAAGAAAAACACUUUCACCAUCACUCAUACAUAAUCACUGUCUUUGCAGAGGCGCUCAGAUAUGACAGUUUAGAAGUCCCUCCAAACUGCCAAUAUCCCAAACCCCUCCUUUAACCUGUAAAUGGUCCAAAUGUAUAUAUACGUUUUUACCACUACUGCCCCAAACGUAUAUUUACGUUUUAUUUUUCAUUCCUUCAAAAUUGGCGCGAUAGGCCUGAGUCGCCUAGACAUGAGAGAAUGGAUGUGCGCACUCAGUGUGCGAAGUAUCAAAAAAAUCUGGGACGCCUGGGUACCGCAUGGUAGGACCAGUUACAUUCAGCUCCAUCUUUGGUCAACAUCAUGGCACAUCCUCAUGAUACACUCACACCACGUCGUAUUAACACUAUUAUUCGAGGAAAGUGGUAUGGAAGGUCAAUUUAGUGGAUUUGACGCAGAUGUGGCUACUAAUAAUCAAGGAAAUAGUGAAAAUAUAGACGACAGCCCAGAUGACCCUGGGCCAAGCACUUCUGGGGUGGCCACACAAGACCCUGGGCCAAGCACCUCUGGAGUGGUGAGUGUUACACAGAGGCAACUACACAAGAGGAAACUGUCAUUUUCCCGGUGUUUUAGUAGUGAUAGUGAAAGUGAUGUAAGUGACGAUGAGAUUGAUUUUAUGCCAUUAGAGGAUUCGUCUAGUGACAGUGACUAUUAUUCACCAGUGAAGCGUACUUUUAGGCAUCAUUACCUACAUUCAGGCAGUGUGCCAUUUGCAGUCGGCAGCAAGGGUCGUGGCAGGUCAUGAUCCAAAACCCCUGCCACUGAUAGUGAAAGUGAUAAUGAAGGUGAAUAUGUGAGGAUGGAGGAAAUAGUGGUGGGUGGCACGGUGGGUGGACAGACAAAGGACCACCCGGCACCCCCUCAACCAUGUGCUGCCCCCACUCCUGUCCCCCCUCCUGCUCCCCCACGCCCCAUGCCAGAGGUCCACCCUGCACCAUGUGACCGAGAGGGGAACUGGACACAAAGUAUAUUCGUGUCAGAGCCUUUUGAUUUUGAUGCAAGUGGAAGUGGCAUCCUGCCAGAAUGUCCCAUAACGAAUGAGUCUACAGAGUUAGACUUUUUCCAGUUAUACUUUGACGAGCCUAUAAUGAACUUGAUAGUGACCCAGACGAACAUUUAUUACCGUUAUAUCAUGGACAAUGCACCAGAGGUUGGGGAAUCGUCACAGCUGCACAGAUGGAAAGAUACAACAGUGGAUGAAAUGUAUUUAUUCCUUGCCACUGUCAUGCUUAUGCCACAUACCUAUAAGAACAAUACGUAACUACUGGGCCACAGGCUACUUUAUCAGUACUCCUGUCUUCCGUGACCACCUUCCCUGCAACAGAUUCAUUCUGUUGCUACGAAUGUUGCACUUCUCAGACAGGAAUAGGCCCAACAGAAAUGACCUAUACAAAAUCCGGGAAGUGUUUAUCUAUAUGAAGCAGAAAUUCAGUGCCUACUUUUAUCCCUUCAAGAAUAUUAUUGACGAGUCCUUGAUUCUGUUCAAGGGACGCUUGUCAUUCAAACUAUAUAUACCAAGCAAACGUCAUCGCUUUGGUAUAAAACUUUUUGUUAUGUGUGACUGAGAGUGGUCUUGUGUUAGAUGUGAUUGUAUACACCGGGAAAAACACACUCGAUGAUACCAGACGCAUGUUGGGCAUUUCUGGUGAUGAUGUUCGAAAAGUGAUGGAACCAUACCUUGGCAAGGGCCAUACAUUGUACACAGACAACUGGUAUACAAGCCCUGUGCUCACUGAUUACCUACAUGUGAACAAUACUGAUAUAUGUGGAACAGUGAGAAGGAAUAGAAAACAUAUGCCAAGGUUCAGUGGAGGCAGUAUUGAAGGUGCAGUGCAAGCAUUUCAUGCCAAUGACAUCAUGGCACUGACGUGGCAUGACAAACGGGACGUGACAUUGCUGUCAGCCAUCCACAGAAAUGAGAUGGUACAAAGUGAACAGGGAAACCAAUGAACGUAUUGUCAAGCCAGCUGCUGUUGUCGACUAUACAAACAAUAUGCGACUCGUUGACAAGUGUAACACGAUGAUAGGGUUCGUUGACUGUGUGCGUAGGAGUCGCAAGUGGUAUAUAAAACUGUUUUUUCACCUUGUAGACAUUGUACAUAUUGAACGCAUUGAGCACUGCAAAAUAAAGACUGGAAAACGACAACGUUUUGCAAAAUUCUCCUUGAAUGUCGUAAAACAGAUUGCAAAAAAGUAUGGUACCACACCUGUACCUACCCCUCAACAGCGACCUGUCACACCAGAACCUGUCCCACAACCACAGCCAGUGGGGGAAGUGCCAGACUGAAUCAUCCCUAACUGUCACUACUUGGUACCAAUACCACCUACCCCAAAGAAGAAGCAUUCCCAGAAAAAGUGUGUUGUGUGUGCUACCACCACAAAACGACCCCAACAGCGAAAGGACACACGAUACAUUUGUCACCAGUGUGGGGUGGCACUCUGUAUGAAUCCAUGCUUCAUGGAGUAUCAUACAAUCUUGGAGUUCUAGAAACAUAAAUGGGACAUGUAAAUACUUGUAGAUAAUAAUGUGUGAUUCAGCCAGGUGUGCAAAAUCACCUGUCAGUGUGUACAUAUGUGUCUGUGACAAUAUGAUAAUAAUUUUAUAUAUAUUAUUGAUGUAUAAGCAACAGUUGACAUUGAAAUCAAAAGAAUUGCUGUAAAACAUAAGUAUCAUAUCAAGAAAACCAAGAAAAGUAAAAAAAAAAUGGAAAAAAACGGUAAUUAUGUAGAGUUUCUGCAAGCGGCAGCGCUCCUUGUUGCCGCCAUGUAAUCGCCAAGUGCCAACUUCGUGGCCUCGUAUCUCGGUAAGUACUGACUCUAAAAUUUUUUUUUUAUCCUAUAACACUUAGAAAAAUGUGCCCCUUUUCUCUAUAAAAAAAGAAAAAAAAAUUUAUUUUUCAAAAUAUUUGGGGCACUGGGGUAGUGAACGUUUAUAUACAUUUGGAACAGGCAUUGUACUUCCCAUUUCCAGGACUCAAGUCCGGCUAACCGGUUUCCCUGAAUCCCUUCACAAAAUAUUACCCUGCUCACACUCCAAUAGAUCGUCAGGUCCCAAAAACCAUUCAUCUCCAAUCUAACAUGCUAACGCCUGUUUACUGGAAGUCCAAGCCCCUUGCCAACAAAACCUCUUUUACCCCCUCCCUCCAACUUUUUCGAAGACGACCCCUACCCCACCUUCCUUCCCCUACAGAUUUAUACGUUCUCCAAGUCAUUCUACUUUGCGCUUGUUCAUAUAAAAUAUAAAUUACAAAAUUUAAAUGAUUUUAAUAUGUUAAAUUUCCUAAUAUCCAUGGUGUCAGAAUUCACAUUACCUUCAGAAACGAAACUUGCUCGAAUUCUGGGGUUCAGCUGUAGUUGAAACCUGAUAAAUAUCAAUCUCUUGGUUGAAAUUUGAAUCUUGUUUCCAGUUUCUAGAUUUUUCCAAAAUUAACCCUCAACAACUAUAUAAAUCCCAUGAACCCUAUUUUAGAAAGUUAUCCCCACAUCAUUAAAGAGACAACUUUUCAGUUGCCUCUUUAAUGAUGAUCUUCUGAUUCUAAUGAGUCAUGCACGAGUUACUAGGUUAGGAGAAAGUUUUUUUGUCUCACAUCCAGAAACUGGAAUUUCAUUUCCAAUAUUUUACUAAUAAAGCCUGAGAGUAUCAGAUUUCAACUUCUGCAACUUGUGUCAUCUUAGUGUGUUGCAAUCAAAAAAAUUUUGCAUAUUUUGUGAAGCUGAUGUCACUAUUUGUUUUGGAUAGUUAUAUACCUUGAUAAAUAGUUUUGUGUCAUAUAAAAGUAGGGAUAUUAACCUAAAACAUAUCAAAGCUUUACAGGUGUGCAGAGCAAAUUGCAAAGUAAUAUCAGUUUUGGCUUGUUUUCCCUCCUUGCUAAUGAUUUCAAAUUGCUUUAUUCAGUACAUGCAGUUGGCCCUUCUAUAAUCAAAUUACAGUAUUUAAAUAUUUAUCUUAGCAUACUUCAUCAUUAACUGUAAUAAGUUUUUGUUCUAUUUACACAUGUAUAUACGUAUAUAUAAUUUUUCUAAAAUCUAUGGAUAAGGGUAACAUGAGAGUCUGCUCUCAGUUUGAAAAAUAUAUAACCAGUGGCCAAGUUAAUUAUGUUCUAUUAAAGUGUUGUGUGUGUGUUAUGCAUUGCAGUUUAGGUAUACAGGUCCUCAUCCCUUUAUCCGAAAUUCUGAAAUUCGAAAAGUUCCAAAAACCGUGGAGUGUCAUUCAUCUCUGUGCUGGGUCACGCUGCCAUGUGGCGGCAUGACCCAGCACCAGCAGCCAGAGUGGCAGGUGUCAGUUGUGUCUCAGCACAUGUAGUAUUCACACUUGGGUCUGUUUGCUGAUAUUUUGUUUUUGCUCUUUAUUUUGUGACUGUGUUUAAUUUCACUGUGAAAUUGUCAAAAAGAGCUGCAGAUGCCCCUAUAAGUAGCAGUGAGAAAAAGAAAAGGAAGCAUCUGAUGUUAUCAGUAACGCAGAAAGUAGAGUUACUGCAGAAGCUUGAUCUUAGUGUGUCAGUGUGGCGUCUUACUGAAGAGUAUGGUGUUGGAACUACCACUGUUUAUGAUUUAAAGAAACAGAAAGACAAGUUACUGAAGUAUUAUAGUGACAGUGAUGACCAAAAACUAAUGAAAAAUAGGAAAACACUGCAUUGGGCAAAAAACGAAGAUCUUGACUGUGCUAAUGGAGUGGAUUUGACAAAGAAGAAGUGAAUGUAUGCCACUGACUGGUUUGUUGGUCAUGAAACAAGCUAGAAUAUACCAUGAAGAACUGGACAUUGAAGGCGAGUGUCAAUAUUCAGGUGGUUGGCUGCAGAAAUUUAAGAUGCGUAAUGGUGUAAAAUGUCUGAAAAUCUGUGAUGAAAAAGCUGACCCUGAUGGUGAAAUUGCUGAAAUGGUGUUAAAUACAAAUAAACAUGAGAACAGUAGUGAUGAUGGUGAUGAGGACAUUGUGAACACAGGUGAAAAAGUACCCAUAGACAAUAUGGUGAAAAUGUGUGAUCAGUUAAUUGUUGGCCUUGAACAAGGUGCAUUUAUCAGCGAGCAAGAGAUUAUGGCAAUUUACUCAGUUAAAGAGAGAUUGCUUAGACAGAAACCUAUGUUAAUAAGACAGAUGACACUUGAAGAAGUCUUUAAAAAUGCCAUCUGUCAGUCAUCUUGAGAAUCGUGUUCCUGGUCUAUAAUUAUUUCAUUAAUCAGUAUAUUACUCUAUAAAUAAACGUAGUAGUAUUUGUAGUCUUUUUAUCCCACUUAGUGUGAGUAUUCAUACGUUUUUGCUGCAGUGUUAAUGUUUGAUUAUGGGGUGCUGCCCUAGACCCCACCUUCUUUCUGAAAUUCGAAACACUGCUGGCCCCAAGGGUUUUGGUUAAAGGGAUGUGGACCUGUAUUCUUUAGGUGGUUAAGUCAAGAGUUCCCGUUAGACCAUCUUCCACCUUGUACAAAAUGCAUGAGAUUAUUAAUGAUUUAAGCUGCAAUGAGGUGUUCCUUGCUCCCAGAUGCAAGGCACCCAUUUAUUUCAUUAUUGGGGGUUAACUACAUAAAUAUAUGUUAGUAAUGUAAACCUAACUUAGAAAAAUAUAUAAUUUUUGUUGCUGUUUUGAUUGGGCAGAGGGUGAUGCAUGGUAAAGUAUGUAGAAAUAUAUGUCCAAUUUUGAGUAAAUAAUCAAGGUAAAUUAGUUUUGCAGUCUUAAUCUGUAUCAUUUAUACAUGCUAUUUUUGCUAACCAUUGGAUUGAAAAAUCAUGGGUUUUUAUUUGUAAACUAACUGAAUAUCAUUUUAAACCACGGAAUGGCUGGAGUUUUACCACUCACUCACCAUGGGUUCAGAUCCCACCCAUUCUGUGGUUUGUUUGCAAUCGUGUUAUUACAGUUUCACAAGUCAUAAAUAUCAUUUUGCACUACUGUUGUGUAAGUACUGUUAACAUGAGUCAUAGCUUUUUAGUUCAUCUAAGAAAUAUCGAAAUGCCAUAUUAGAUUUUAGUACAGAAAAUGCUAACCACUCCUUUUCUCAUUAAAAAUUGUACCCAUAAUAUUGCUGUAUUUUUUUGUUUACUGGGAUAUUUUGCUACUGUGAAAAUGUGGUGAAGCUUUUGUUAUUCAUAUUAUAAGCAAAUUUUGUCAAACAAAUUUAAGCACAGUCUAGUUAAUACAAAUUGCUGUGACAUAAGUAUUCAUCCUGUUGAUGGUUCUCCUUUGUAUACGAGAGAACAGUAUUAUCCAAUAUUUUCAUGAAGAUUGACAUGAGGUUUCUCUAGACCAUAAUUUCUGCCAAUUCAAAGCAGGAAGACACCUUCCUCUUUCCCAUCUGGCAUGUUGAUGUAAUGGCCACUAGACAUUCUUUGAAUGUUUCACUUUUGAUCCAUUUUGUAUGAUUUUCUUGAGAGAUUUAUUUUGUUCUUAAAUUCUAAUACUAUAUCUCUAAUAGAAGAUUUCACUCAAUAUUCAUGUGUUAAACUUAGAUAAAUGGGUUUUUAAAUUUAUUUGAAUAUUUUCUCACUUAUAUUUAGUGAAUAAGCUACUGCUUGUGUAAAAUAAGUAAUUUUUCUUUAGCUGGGAAGAGUUAUGCAAUAUUGUUACUAAAACAUUAGUCAUUCUGAUACAUUUUUUAAUGUUUUUGGAGUUAGUCAUUAAAUACCAGUGCAGUUUGAUAGAAUUUUUGUUCCAGUUCAGUUUUUCUUUUUGAGUGAAAUAAUAUUACAGCUUCUUCAUAAUUAUAUUCUGCAUACAUGGAACUAUGCAGUGGACACCAAAAUGCUUCCUUGUUCUUAUCCUCCACAACCUCCACAUCUGUUGACCAAUGUCUUUGUUUUAGGGCUCUCUCACACUCUGUUUACCUCCCCUCUGCAUUCACCCUGGAUCUUAGGUUUCUCGCCCUCUUUGGGAAAUCCUGACAAUUCGGGUUUGCUCUUACCCACUUCCAGAUGCAAAAGUUCACUUGCCUGCUGUAACCUCAUGCAUGACCUUUCUUGGUCACUGCCACUCUCGUUCUCUUGAUAUUGCACCAUACGCUGAUAGUUCUAAGUCCCCUGAUGGUUUUAGAUAUGCAACAGUUUUUUCCUAACAAAAACAUCUGAGGUCAUUUACUCACUCAGCCAUUGUUUUCACAUUGUACAUGUUGUGUUGAUGUCUACCUCAUCAUUUAUAGUUGUGUUGGAUUCUUGCAGUGUAUUACAAGGCAAUCCAGAAAUUUGACUUCCAUCAUCCUGCACAUUUCAAUGUGGCUAUUCAUUUAACUAUGGCUAUGUGGUAUUUCUAGUUAAUGCAGAGAUGUCAGCUUUUGCUGGGUCCCUGGAUAUAUCAGUGUUCAGAUAAGUAGGUAGUAGAUUCGCCGGUAUAAUUGCCCGGUCCAGGCCUUUUCCAAGAGGUGGCCCGGCCUUGGCUCCCUUUUGUGGGAGUGUCUCGGACCAAUGUCUGCCAUGGGAGGAGGUACAAGUACCUCCUCGUCUUCUGGGACAAGCUAUCCCCAGGCCUAUCCCCGCCCCCACGGGGUUCGGAGGGAGAAGCUAGGCACCUUGGGCUGCCACAAAUCUCUCCCACACUGGACGUGAAGGGUGUGGCAGACAAUGUCAGGAGGUGCAAAGGCAGCAAGCACUACAGAAUCCUUUUAGAGCCACACCCCAACUUUGGGCUGAGAGCUGAGAAAGUUCAAGAAUGCCUCUUGCUGUGAGUGUUGCUGCUGCUGCUUCACCUGUCUGUUGCACUGGUCAAUGUUCAGGGUAAUGAACAAGAGACUCAGCCGCUAUGUGAACUGUUCAUGACUUGUCGAGUUCCCACAGAGAUUUCCUUACUCUGAUUAUUUUUCAGUUAUCUCUUGACUGCUCAGCAACUGUUGGCAACAAUGUUUGUCCUAGUUUGGCCACAACAAAUUGUUUUCUGUCAUUCCUAACUUAGGUUUCUGGCCAUCUUUCCACCACUGUCAUUUUUGAGACUGCACUCUCCUGGCUUGAUAUUGGCCCCCUAUACCUCACUCUUGGAUACCUCAUGGAAAAAUAUCUUACAUCAUUCUGCGGGAUUAUUGAGUUACAAUGUCAGUUCGUUAUAUAAUAGAUUGUUCAACCUAUCAGCGAACAUGCAGAAUUCACUUCCAUCACCGCUGCUGAUCCAACACAUUUACUCUAACUGACCUCCCUGAAAGUCCCACUUUUGACAGUCUCUCCCUCUCCUACUUUUUAACAGAAACCAAAUUAUUGCACCAGCUGUGAUUUUUAACUUCACUCUUGCACUUUGUCUUACCUCCACUAACCCUUGCUUUCACCUCCCCAAAUCAUUUCACCCCCUCAUCACAUUCCUCCUUUUCACACGUCCCUUCCUGUAAUGCUAUAUGACCCUUUUGGGCUUCGCAGUUCAUUUGAUUAUAUUUUUAUUUGUUUUGUACAGUGGCUAAUUGUAAGAUAUUGUUAAUAUUUUUUCCAUGUAUAAAUUAGCCACUAUUGUACUACUUUCCAUAUAAAUAAAUCUAUUAUGUGGAGGAAUGCUUCUUUGCAUUUGAAUGGGAGUCACUCCUAAGAAGUUGAGUGGUAUUCACUUGGUAAGUAGGAAGAAGGGUUGAUUUGUGAGAUCUGUAUUUUUUUUAAUUUGAUAGUAUGUAUGGUCUAGACACCCUGUUUCCUCAAAUGAGGUGUAUUCAUGAAAAUGACAGUGUUCUUAUGAUGGAAUACGAAGCUUCUUGCUAAAAGGUGUUCUUGAUCCUUAGUCUCACUAUAUUUACCCUUAAAUAGCCUGAUAUCUUUUAAAUAACUGAAAUAUUCUUAUUCUUCCAAGAUUACUAUUAUUUACAUUGCCAUAUGUUAUUAUCUGUAUGAUAAAUUCAUUUAUAUCCCCUCCAUUAUUUUUCCAUUGUUUUGUUUGUCGAGCUAGAUUGUGUGUUAGACAUUUUUAUUUUGUAGUGCAAAUAGGAACUGUAUUGUUCAUGGACCAAGUGGUGGGUCUGUGGCUCAUAGAAAGCCAGAGGACAAUUGGCAGCCAUAAUGACUGAAAGAAACUUGUAUGGCAUCAUUGUAUAAAUGAAUGGGGUGGGCAGUCUGAGACAUCUUUAUUACCAAAACUGUGAUUAAUUAUGCCAUAUCAAAUGUGUUGAAGUGUGACUGUAGACGUAAAAAAAAACUUUUUGGGCUUUGUUUGAAAAACAUUUAAGAUUUUUGUACAAAUAUUUAAGUAAUUGGACUUUAAGAGUCAAGUAUGUUGUUCAGAAAUAUAUUGAACAUUUUAUGCAUUUAAAGGGGAUAUAUUUAAUAGUUUUAUGAAAGCUAGUAGCAAGGAGUAUUGUAUGAGACACAUUUUGUAUAUCUAGUAAAUUAAUUGUAUAUUCAUUAAAAGAUCAUAAAUAGCAGCAAAUUGUUAGGGAUUUCUUUUUAUGAUAAAACUGAUAGCUGGGAAUGACUUGUUUUAAUAUAAUUCUAAUUGCUUACAAAUCCCUAAUGAAUUUUAUUGAUGAUGACUAAUUGGAAUAGCUUAGGUUAUAAUAAAGUAUAAUGCAGUUAGCGAGUGACUUAAAGUGCUCAGCAUUUCUUGUUUUGUAAGUGUACUGCAAAAUUACUACUUUGAAUGCAUUCCUAGGUGGCACAUGUGUUUGAGACAUAUAUCCUCCACAGGGUUGUAAGCUCUAUGCUUUCUCUUUUAAGGGUUUUCAUUGCAAUGAAUGCAGUAUUAAUAAUAAGUGCUCUCUCUCUUUCACACACAAAGUUCAUGCAAAUAAUGUUUCUGACAAUGCUUGAUUCCUUACUGGGAAAUGUAAGUAGAAUUUGCUGCUAUUAAUGCUCAAGGGCAUCAUUAUAAUUUCAAGAAAGAGGGAUGAGCUAUGUUAACUGUUAUUUCUUGAGCACACUUAGACGAUCCUCUAUGAAGAAUUGUUUGAAUAUGUCCAGGAAAAUAUUUAAAAAAAAAAAUUUUUUUGAUCAAUUUUAAACCUACAUGUGUUUCCCGGGGAGGUUUUAAGUUUUCAGUCUUUGUGGACGUUUUUUCACAAUUUCCAGGGGAACUCACUUGACCCCAUGCAUUUAAAAAAAAUGAGUGAAAUAGCAUAGUAGAUUUAAUGUAGUGGAGUUGCAGGGCACCUUUGAACUGACAGUCUCAUCUUUCAGGGAUGACUAUUUUUGUGUGAAAUAAAUUUCUCAAAAAUGUUUCACCCAAACACAUUCAUUUUUGAUUCCUAGACAAGGGAAAAUUUGAGCUUGAUAACUGGCAAAUAAAGUCCUGGUAAGAAACUAACCUUUAUAUGUUUUUAUUAUGAAAGGCAUUAAGUAUGUUUUUAAAUAUCUUAAACUAAUCUAUAAUGUACUAAGUUAUAUGUACUUUUUACAAUUGGAUUAGCAUAUGUAUUAUCUAGAUGUCUUUUUUCUAAGCAUCAUCUCUAAAUUUCACUUAGUACAUUUUUUUGUUCUUCCAUAUACUUUAUGUAUGUGUAUACUGUAUAUUAUCAGCCAUAAGUAUGUUCAGACUUAUAAACCAUAAACCCCCCUCCAUUCCAUCUCCUGAGCCUUCCUCCAUAUAAGAGUGCAUAUAACACAAAAAAAAUUAAAUGCGAUUAGAAUAUUAAAAACUUUGUUAGGAUACAUCACCUCAUGUUGGCAUUGUGGGUUGAAGGGUUGCAAUGUCCUCGCUAGCUCAGACUGUCAACCUAGCAAGACUCAGAUGGGCUACCUCAAACUUUCACUGUUGGCCAUUGUAAUAUUUCAACCCAGUAAAACAUGUAGUGAGGUUUCCUUAGCGAUUCCAAUAAUUCGUGUGGAGAAAGUUAUUGCUAAGCACCUGUGUAAAGGUAUGUAAAUGGCACUGAAGUGUAGAUUAGUAUUAUUGGAGGGUUGAAUUAAUGCUGUAAAUUUUGAAAUAGUAAUAUAACAUUACCAUUGGUGGAUUGCCUCCUUCACAAGUUGCAACUCCUGGGUGAUAAACAUAUCCAGUUCUUUUGUAUUUUAGUAGAUGCAGAGGGAGGGAAGCAAAGGAUCCAGAGAAAGGUGCAUGUUUUCAUUGCUGAUGCUGGAAACAGCUUUUAUACUGUAUUCCCAUCGGUGGAAAACUGUGACUCCUUGGAUGAUUAACAAAUUAUGUAUAAAUAUUAUCACCAGUUUCCUCAGAGGAUGUAAAAACAUCAAAUGGGUUGACUGCUGAUGCAAAAAAGACCUGGACUGCUCCCAUCUGUGAGGAGUGAAAAUGUACCCCUCAUUUUAUGGCUUAGUUUGGCUUAUGCCAGGUAAUGUACAGUAGGUUGAAUAAGAAUUUUGCUGUGUUAUUGUUUUCUAGUAUGGUUCAUUUAAGCCACUAUUUCAAUUGUAAGUGAAAUAUCUAUUUUUGUAAGUUAUUAUAGAAUAUAGUUGAAAUUCUGAAGAUAGAGAUUUGACUUUUUCAAUGCCAAGAUAAAAAAAGGUGAGAAUAAGUAGUUUUGAAAAUUCACAUGAAUUGCCAUAGAUAAUUUGUGCUCAAAAUAUGUAUAAAUUAAUUUCUUGUC